AUGGGUUUAGAUCAAUUGACAGUAUCAAAAUUGAACUGGUACAUUACAUAUCUCUCAACUUUCCUCAAUAUUCAUCAAGCACGGUUGUUGACUGAAAUACUAGGUGAGACUAGAAGUUCAAAAGGUUCCGGUCAAAUUCAUUUUUUCCUCUAUCACCAUGUCAAGAAAGAUACUAGCUAUUCCACUGCAGCAACUGAAUCUGUGCUAAGUUCUAACACAAGAUCAUUGACCAAAGCCAAAUUGCUCGAGCCCCGACGUGAACUUCUCCUCAUCAAAGGAAAAGCUCAACUACACACUCAGAUAUGUUCUAAUCAGGAUUUGAAAAUCGAGCAGUUCUUAAAUUCAUGUACUACGGCGUGA